GUUUAUUAAAUCAUAGGGCCAGAUUAAAUUUGAAAAUGGUGGAAACGAAGAAAUAUUGUUGCUGUGAUACGAUAGUCUUUUGUUCACGAAAGAUACACCUAUACCAGCAGACUUGCAGUGUCCGUUCUUUUUCAGACGUGUUCUAUCCGUUCCGAUCGAAUAAUCAGAAUGUACGACGAUUGCAUAUUCCUUUCACUGAGAUUUCCCCAAAAGUUAUGGAGGAUCGUGAACGAAUGCAAGAGCGGUGCCAUUCGAUGGAGCCUGAACGGGAACACGAUCCUCCUCGACUACAAGAAGUUCCAAGAACAAUAUCUGGACGCGGGUAAUUCCAUCUUCAAAACGAAGAACAUCACCAGUUUCAUCAGGCAGUUGAAUCUCUACGGUUUCCGAAAGGUUACCUCGCACAAUCGUGACCCAAUAUGCAACUCCCAUAAUCCGGAUGUACACGAAUUUCUUCACGAGAACUUUCGCACCGGAAGGCCGGAUCUCCUGUCCAGAGUGUAUAGAAAAACCGCUGGAAAAGUGAAACACUGUCACCGUGUUAGUUUGAAAAAUCCCACCGAAGCCGAGUUUCUGAACAAGGACUCUGAUCACGUGUCGCGUUUGCACAUGUGUCGGUUGGCAUUAACGAAAACCCUAGAACAGAUAGCGCUGGAAUAUCAAAAAGCGCAUAACCAUUCGACUAAAGAAAAACAUUCCUUAAACUCUUUAAACCCCCAAGAGAAAGUAUUCGGUCUUGACUUGUACAGUAAUCAAGACCACGGAGAACACCAAUUGGAUUACGAGAAAUCCGGUAUCAAUUUCUUCGAAAAAUGA